AUGACUACUACUACUAAUACUAUAAAUAGUAAUAAUAAUAAUAUGAACAAUACUGAUAGCUGUUUAAAAGAUCAUUUCACCUCAAUAAUACAAUCACCACCACCAUCAUCAUCAUCAUCGUUAUCACCGCCUCCUUCACCGUCAGAUUCUGAGUCGUCUGACAGUGAAUCGACAACAGAGUCGAUUUAUCAUCAACCACCAAAAGCAGCUGAUCGUAGUGCUGCUUUUCGACUAGCAAAACGAUUGUUUCAUUUAGAUGGAUUUCGAAUUACUGAUGUUGCUAAGCAUUUAUGUAAACGGAAUGAUUUUAGUCAACUUGUUGGAGAAGAGUUUGCAAGCUUUUUUAAUUUUACCAAUCAACGUUUAGACGUGGCCUUGAGAACAUUUUUAAAUAGUUUUGCAUUGACUGGGGAAUCACAAGAAAGAGAACGUAUCCUGUUACACUUUUCAAGACGUUUUCAUGCUUGUAAUCCAAAUGUUUAUACGUCUGAAGAUGCAUGUCAUACUUUGGUCUGUGCACUAAUGCUACUCAAUACGGAUCUUCAUAGUCAAAGUAUUUCAAAGAAAAUGUCCUGUCAAGAAUUUAUUAAUAAUCUUAGUCAAAUAAACUGUGGUGAAAUCUACUGUAAAGAAGAUUUAAAAGUUUUAUACAAUGCUAUCAAACAAGAACCAAUACGUUGGCCACAUCAAUCCGAUGCAAAUAUGAUGGGAUUUGUUAAUUUCUAUUAUCCUGGUCCUGGUAAAGCUCUUGGUCCACCAGGUGCUGGCGCUACUGGUGUUGGUAUACCUCCAGGUGGUUUUUUAACAACUACCAAUUUUUAUGCAAAUCUUCCACCGCAAGCACAUUUUAUGUUCAGCCCGCUACAGAACAGUGCCUAUCCUGCUCAUCCAUCGUCCUCCUCGAUUAUCCUACCGCAUAUGUCCUGUCAAACGAGCAAUGAUCCGACUGCUUUGUCACUACCGAUGACAACAACAACAACAACGCCGACAUCUCAGUUUCCAUUUUCAUCACCGCAUUCUAUUCCAGCAUCAUUCUAUUGGAAUCCUGGUAGUAGUGGAGGUGGUAGCCUGGCGCCUUCAGUGUAUACUACUGAUGAUGGUUCUGGUGUCUCAAUGUUGAAUAAUGUUGUCAGCCCUAAUUUUAUGUAUAGUAGUAGUACUAAUCCCGGUGAAUUGCUCCAGCAGCAACAACAACAACAAUCACAGUUACAGUUGACUCAAGGAAAUCGUAAAUUGAAUGAAUCCUCUGGUCUGAGUCCGUAUUUAGAUUUAACAUCUGAAAUUGGUGCCAAAGAAUACAUGCGUGGUGUGCUGGCGCGUAAAUGGGUUAUGGAGUCAUAUAAGAAGAAAACCUCUGUUGGUCGACGCAGUUGGAAGUUAUACUAUGCUCGACUACGUGAUCUUGUCUUGUAUUUAUAUAAAAAUGUCAAUGUGGCUAAUGCAGCUGCCCGCGCUGAAGAAUUGCAUCAUUUACACUAUCAACAACAACAACAACAGCUACAACAACAAAAUUAUGUACAACAACUUCUCCUACACCAACAACAAUACCAACAGCAUCAACAACAGCAGUUCAUGAUGCUUCAACACCACCACCAACAACAACAGUACCAUUUACAGAAAUCGAAUUCCAUGAAUCAAGAAGAAGCAGAAGAAGACGGUGAAGCUGAAGGGGAUGGAGAAGGCGGGGAGGAUGGUGAUCGUGUUGACGAGAAUGCUGUUGGUCGUCGUUGUGACAGUGUCGUUGGUGUUGGUGAUGAGAAUGACAAUCGUACUACUGACAAUAGUAAUACUAAGAGUGGUGAGGAUAUUCGUGGUGACGAUGUUAAUCACCAAUCUUCUUCUUCUCAUGAAGGCAACGAUCCUACUCAUUUGCCUAUAAAUGCGGAUAAACAAUCCAUACAACAAACACUAUCGAUGGAUGGUGAUCAUCACAAUAGUACUACUGCCAGUGCUACUGAGAGUAAAGAUGUUCUUCAUGAAAGUCAAUUCGAUUCAAGGACAAGUCCAUCGAAACAGUUGACUACUGCUUCCACAGAAAAUGCCAAGUCAAUAUCAUCUGAACAGAAUAAUUCAAAUAAGGCAAUUGUUAAUGAAACAAGUAUAGAAACGUCAACAUCAUCGAUAGGACAGACGUACUCGUCAACGAAUCCCACCACCCCUGUUUAUAGUACUAUUCCUAUCACUGCAGCAACAACUGGUGCUGCUGCUAGCACUACUACUACUCUGCCUUCUCAGCCUCCUCAACUUCAACCACACUCGAUACCAAUGAUGACUACACCAUCAUUUGUACCGCCUCCAAUUCCACCGCCUGAAACUAUCAUUCGUAUAGCUCAUGCUUAUGCUUGUCGGGCUACAGAUUAUGUGAAAAAAUCAAAUGUAUUCCGGCUACGAACUAAAGAAGGCGCUGAAUUCCUAUUUGAAGUCAAUGAUGUAAAAGAAGUCGACCUAUGGAUUGAUCGUAUCAAUUUUGUUGCAGCUCUCCUGUCUGCACCAUCUUUAGCUUCAGCUGUCAGUUCAGAAAAGAAUUUUCAUCGUCCUCAUUUACCUGUCACAUAUACAAAAUUGAAUAUGCGUGAACAACUUGAAGAGCAUCAAAAACGUCUAUUAGAAUUAGAUCAAGAAUUAACAGAUUUACGAUCACGUUUAUCGGCUACCUCUGUCACUAGUAGUAGUAAUAAAAGUCGUAAAAUUUCAUCAAGUCUACAAUCGUCUUUUGAUGAAGCUACUAAACGCCAACAACUACAAUCACAAUCGUCUUUAUCUAACGAGAAUUCGACACCUUCAGAAGGAGUCACCACCAACUCUACAACAACAGCAACAACGACAUCUACAAAUACCCUACCGAAUACUACAUCGACAGCUUCUACUACACUGUCGAAUACCACAACGACUACUAGUAGUACAACGUCUACCUCAAUAGAAUCAGCGAAAUCCGAUGAUAACAAUUCACCAACAUGUACACCAUCUUCAUUUAUGUCUGUCUUCUCGACAGGUAGUUUAGGCAGACGUAGAAAGGCAAGCAGUAGUUCAUUGACCAGUGGUGGUGGUGGUGACGGUAGCAGUGGUGGUGGUCUUAUCCUCAGUGCUAAACAACGUGCUGAAUAUGAAGAACGUAUACAAUUCAUGGAAUCUGAAGUUCAAAGGUAUAAAACCUAUGCUCGCUUGUUAGAAACUGAACUCUAUCGGAUACAACAGUCUUCCUCUGUAGCUGCAGCGCAUGCAGCAGCUUUAGCUGCGGCCGCGGCUGCUGCAGCAGCUUCAAACUCUUUUGUUCCUUAUCUUGGAGGUGGUAGCGGUUAUCCUAAUCCUAAUACUAUGGGAAUUAAUCCAACAGCAUAUAACAACACCAACACUCCUUUAGCACUAAGCAGUGGAGGAAUACCAUCGUCGAAUAUGAUGUUUUCUGGUCCGCCUAACAAUCUACAGCAACAACAACCUCAUCUGCAUCAGACAGCACCACCACCACCGCCGCCUCCAAUGUAUUUUGUUCCCGCUGGUGGGAGCGGUGUAGGUGGUGGUUUUCGUGAUCGAGGUGCCAACCGUGGGGCAUCAUCAGUAGUGAUGACACAUUUAGCUGUGUUAGGUCCACAAGAUGCCUUAAGUGAAGAACCGGUACAGUCGACUGAUACAACUGCCACCACCACUCCCACUCCUACAACGGCUGUUACUUCUGUGACUAAUUCUAAUACGAGUGAAACGGUCGAUUCUCUUGAGACGACAUCAGCACCAUUGCCGUUACAGUCUCAACCAUCGCCUUCAAUAGUCUACCCGGUGCAACCACAAUUACUUCCAAUGAUGAGUAUUAAUAAUAAUAAUGCUCCUACAAGAUACAGGACAUUUAUAUCGCCUUAUUUCGGUCAACACCAGCAACAAUUCCAACAACAACAGCAAAUCCCGCCAAUCAAUCCAUAUUCACCAUCUGUAAAUAGUGGACGUUUUUAUCCACAACAACAAUCAAGGCGUCUACGCUACCCUAGUCUACUACACUCUCAACAACAACAACUACAACUCCAACAAACUAAUCGUUACGGUAGUAAUUUAAUCAUGAAUGGUCAUCAGCUAACUGAAGAAGAUGUCUUCUUGAUGAAUGAGAAGGGUUCAACAACAACAGCAACUACUACUACUUCUACUACUGGAUCACUGGAAAAUUCAACAUUGACACCAUCGUUGCCGCCAUCAUCAUCAACCUCGUCGACAUCUCCUAAUCCUGUUGGUGGUGUUCCCAUGGGCGAUAAUACCGCUAAUGCUACUAAUACUACUAAUACUGCAACGACCACUAUCCCUACUAGUAAUAAUAAUAGUCUUAAAUUAACCCAAAACUCUCAAUCAUCAAAUAAUCUCUUUUAUGAAAUUGUAUAACUUUUGAUUUUAUACGUAUACAUAUAUAUAUCACAGUUCACUUCAACUUAUAGUUACAAUAUUUAUGCGUGUAUAUGUGUAAUUUUUGUCAAGACGUCGUUGCCGCCUGCCAACCUGACCUCACCUCCGUCUCCUCCUCUUCCGCCUCUUCUCCAUUUGUUCCUUAUUUUUUUCUGACUUCUUCUUAGUUAAAAAAUGGGUAUUGGUUUUUCCCCGCCCCCGCACGCCUACGUAUAUGAGGCUAUCACUACUUAUAUAUGAGUGGUGUUAGUAGUAUCUGAGAUCCUGUUUGUGACAUCUGAAUGCUCUGUGUCAACUAGUACUGUAGUCCUCAAGCUCCUCAGAGGUGUGG